AUGUCCACACCCGCUGGCGCCCCCGCCGAGGGUUCCCCGGUCCCUUUCUUCAUCAACGGCGAAGAAGUACACCCGGAGAGAAAGUUCAACGUUGUGUCACCGGCUUCAGGCAAAGUUGUCCAUAAGGCCGCCAGCGCAACGGAGACUGAAGUCCGCGCCGCCCUUGACACAGCGGCAGAGGCCUUCAAGACAUGGAGGAAGUCGCUCCCAAGGACGAGACGUGACAUCUUCCUGAAGGCCGCUGAGGUUAUGGAGAGGAGGAAAGAGGAACUUACCGAGUACAUGAUCAACGAGACAGGCUGCCCACGCCGGUGGGCCGAAUUCAACGUCUCUACGGCAAGAGAGAUGAUCCUUGACGUAGCGGGCAGGCUGGUUACCCUGGAAGGUAGCAUGCCCACCGCAGCGGACCCGAACACUGGCGCCAUGAUUCUCAGGGAACCCUUUGGCGUUAUCCUUGCCAUUGCCCCUUGGAAUGCCCCCUAUAUCCUUGGCAUUCGGUCAGUGUUGUUUCCGAUUGCCGCUGGUAACACGGCGAUUCUGAAGGGCUCCGAGCUGUGCCCGCGGACCAUGUGGGGUCUCUGCUCCGUCUUGCAUGAGGCUGGUUUGCCGGCCGGCGUGCUGAAUCUGCUUUUCCAUGAGCCUGUUAACGCUGCCGCCGUUACUCAGAUGCUUAUCGCCGAUCCAAUUAUCAAGAAGGUCAACUUCACCGGCAGCACUAUGGUCGGCCGCAUCAUUGGCAAGCUUGCCGGGGAGCACCUCAAGCCCGUGCUCCUCGAGCUGGGCGGCAAGGCGCCCGCCAUCGUGUGGGAGGACGCCGACCUGGACAACGCGGCCGUGCAGUGCGUCAUGGGCGCGUUCCUCAAUUCGGGCCAGAUUUGUAUGUCGACAGAACGCAUCAUCGUGCACAGGAAGAUUCGCGCCGAAUUUGAGAAGAAAUUCAUCGGCGCCAUCGACAACAUGUUUGGCGCGCACACGGACACCCCGGUCCUGAUCAACGCCGUCGGCGUCAGCAAGAACAAGAAACUUGUCGACGACGCACUCAGCAAGGGCGCCUCGCUCCUCUACGGCAAACAUACCGCCGAGGAGGCCAGCGCCACCCGGAUGCGCCCCGUCGUCAUUGGCGGCGUCACGCCAGACAUGGACAUUUACAAGACCGAGAGCUUCGGCCCGACUGUGUCGCUGAUCGAGAUCGAGACGGAGGAGGAGGCGCUGCGGAUCGCCAACGACACCGAGUACGGCCUCUCGUCGGCCGUCUUCACCGAGGACCUGCGCCGGGGUCUGCGGUUCGCCAAGGAGAUUGAGACGGGCGCGGUGCACAUCAACAGCAUGACGGUGCACGACGAGAGCGCCCUGCCGCAUGGCGGUGCCAAGGCGUCGGGGUAUGGGAGGUUUAAUGCGGGGCAUGGAUUGUCGGAGUGGGUUAAGACGAAAACUAUUACUUUCAAGUGGUAG